UGGAUCUGAGUGAUAAUAAACCAGGAGACUUAGGAGUGAAGAUGCUCUCUGCUCUACUGGAGGAUCCACACUGUAAACUGAAGAAACUACAGCUGAGUUACUGCAGUAUUGGAGAGGAAGGCUGUGCUGCUCUGAUUUCAGCUCUGAGAUCAAACCCCUCACACCUGACAGAACUGGAUCUGAGCCGUAAUAAACCAGGAGACUCAGGAGUGAAGCUGCUCUCUGCUCUACUGGAGGAUCCACACUGUAAACUGAAGAAACUACAUAUUUGAUAGUGGAAACUCCACAAGCUCCAAACAAGUUAAUCAAAACAACACGUCCUGAACAAGACUGUCACCUGGACAAAUGCAGAUACUGAUCCAGCAGUUUCACAUGUGAAGGAUUUUUCUUAUUAAUUUUCAUUUAGUCUAGAAUUUUUUUCCAGUCUCAUGGGAACAUUUUUUUUAAAAUAAGUAGAUUGGACAUACUAACUGCACUGUAAAAACUUUAGUGUGAAAUGACAGUAUAUUCCAGGUUAAUAACUGCAUGACUUUCACAGUAGUUUCACAGUGGGAGUUCUCUUGUAUCUAACUGCACUCUCAGAAAUUACUUUAAACAA